ACGAGGAAGCCCAAUGCCCCGGCGCGCAUAGUGCAAUAGAGAGAAACGCAACACAUCGGACAGCUAGCUUUGCCUGGUCCGACAUGGAGCUUACACAACAGGAUACGAACUCUAAAGAGAACCGACCCGAAGACCCAGAACUCGACCUCUACACCAUACCAAGCCACUCUAGUUGGUUUUCGUGGGACGAAAUCCAUGAAACCGAGGAAGUUGCUCUCAAAGAGUUCUUCGAUGGGAGCUCCAUAACGAGGACACCGAAAAUAUAUAAAGAAUACAGAGAUUUUAUUAUCAACAAGUACAGAGAAGAGCCUUCUAGGAGGCUUACAUUCACCGAGGUCCGAAAAUCAUUGGUUGGUGAUGUUUGUUUGCUUCAGAAGGUUUUUCGUUUCUUGGAAAACUGGGGUUUGAUCAAUUUUGCUGCCUCUUCAAGUGAGGGUGAGAUUCCUGUGGUUGGGGAUGAUGAGAGGUCUAAGGUUAAGAUUGAAGAAGGAGUACCAAAUGGGAUUCGGGUUGUUGCUAUGCCCAAUUCUAUCAAACCUAUUUCAGCACUGCCUAGUGUGGGAAAUAGUGGGGAUGCAGCUGAUAAUGGAUUUAAAAUGCCCGCUUUGGCAUCUUAUUCGGAUGUUUUUGCUGAGUUAAUGAAGCACAGGGGGUUGGUUUGUGGGAAUUGCGGUGAGGUUUGCGAUUCCGGACAUUAUAAGUGUACCAAGGAUGAUCUGCUAAUUUGUGUAAAAUGUUUCAAAAAUGGAAAUUAUGGAGAGAGCAAAUCAGUGGAUGAUUACAAGUUUAACGAGUGCUUUCAAAACAGUGGUAAUCAUGGAGCUCUCUGGACUGAAGCUGAAACUUUACUUCUGUUAGAAUCUGUUUUGAAGCAUGGGGAUGAUUGGGAGCUUGUUGCUCAAAAUGUUCAUACAAAAACCAAAAUGGACUGUAUUGCGAAGCUCAUUGAGAUGCCCUUUGGGGAGAUUAUGUUGGGUUCUGUCCAGAGAAAAGGUAAUUCUAGUGAUCUCAAUGGCAACUUGAACAAUUCAAAACAAGUCCAUCUACCUUCAGCUGAACAUCAAGAGAAUGCCAAAAGUGGGGUACAACAUGAUGAGCAGACAAAUGAGAAUGAGCUGAAUGGAGAUACUGAGAACGAAGGUCCUCCUUUGAAGAGAAAGCGGAUUGCAUCCCUCUUAGGUGAUGAUGGUUCACUGAUGAAACAGGUAGCUCAUAUAUCAACUAUGGUUGGGCCACAUAUAACGGCUGCUGCAGCUGAGGCUACCAUUGCUUCACUUUGUGAGGAAAACUCAUUAUCAAGGGAGAUAUUUGAUGGUGAAGAUGAAUGUGUAACUAAUGGGCUGUUGUCUCCCACUGCUGAUUAUGAGGCAAAGAGGUAUCUUAUACAUUUCAGAGUCCUUGAGGGUGAAGAUUCGGAGAUCAAGGAAAGGUCUUCCCAGUCAGAAGAUCAGGAUGCAUCUUGUAACAAGGAUGAUAUACCUCUAACUUUGCGAAUUAGAGCUGCUGUUGCAACAGCUCUUGGGACAGCUGCUGCUCGUGCAAAAUUACUGGCUGAUCAGGAAGACAGGGAAGUUGAACAUCUAUUGGCGAUCAUAAUUGGAACCCAGAUGAAGAAAUUGAACUGCAAAAUCAAGCAUUUUGAACAUCUGGAGAUGAUUAUGAAGAAGAAACACGCUGAAAUGGAAGAACUGGAAGAGUUUCUCAUAUCAGAGAGGAUUAGUGUGUUACAAAGGGCGUUGAGUGCUGGUGUACCUAGAUGGAGGGGUCAUUCUUUUGUAAAAUAUUAGAACGCUUAAUUUUAUUUCAUAAUGUAAUAUAGUUAGAAAAUUGACAAGCAUUGAUGCAUUCUCAUAGGUUUCUAGUCUUUGUUGUGUUCAAUUCAUAUGUUGGAGGAGGAAAUGAUUCAGUCUGUGUAGCAUUUAGGUUUUUGUACGCUUUUGAGUUUUCUAUUUUUACAAUACCUUUCAAUUGGCAUAAUGACAUUUUCAUCUUAAUAUUGAA